AUGUCGCGCUUGUGCCGGCCUUGCGCAAGGGCUCGCUGCCGUCAUUGUGGCGUCAACGUGGGUUUCUUCGGGCUUCAUGGUUUCGGAUGGAGCCUCAAAAAACACGAGUCUAGGUGUGCCGGAAUUUCAGCGGAGAUUGAGACCGGCACACCUCAGCCGAUGGGUGCAGUUGGGCCCCUUGAUGCAACGAAGAGGUGGGCAUCCCGUGUGGAUGUGAUGGCUGACGUCACAGAACUUUCGGUGGAGGCUUUGUUGCAAUUUCUGCACAUCCCGAAAGAUGAGCUGGAGAAGCUCAUCGAAGCUGACGUGGAGGCGGCCAAUGAGGUGAUGAGCCUUGGGCUCAUCUCGUGGCGACCCGGCUGUGGAGACAACACUCCGCUACACUUGGCGCUGGGGACGGGUCCCGGCAAUGCUGGACAAAUCGCCAUCAAAGCCCGGCCGCCAGGCUUGCGAGUGCGGUCGCUAAAACCUCAGCCGAUGAUGACGGAAGUCCUGGGCAUAGACCUCCUGGCAAACCAGCUCCCAGACAGGGCUGACACAGACAGCCUUGUGGAAUUCGGCGAAGAUUUCAGAGAUGUGGCCGUCAAGCGCUGCAUAAAGCUGCAGCAUCUGGCGCUCCGUCUCACCGCCAAUGUUAUGGCUGGGCGCGGUGGAGGCUGA